CCACCGUCCAGUGUUGACGUGCCUUGUUUUCUUAAGCAUGUUUAUUAAUAUUGCCGGUAAGAGCCUUGAAGGUUUCGUCAUUUUUUGUCUCUGCAUGUUACCACAUCGAUGGGAUCAGCUUCGAACAAGGGCAACCACUACUAUAUCUGUCAAUCCCUUCAUGUCAAGUCACCUGGGUCGUCUCCCUCUAGCCAUGUACCAAUCACAGCAAGAACGCCAUGUCUACACCUUCGAAACGGGUUACGUCGACAGCGGCGUGCCUACCCAGUACGCUCCUGAUCCAAGCCCUCCGGCCCAAGCUCCCCCACGCCGCCGUUUGACCCCAUUCCGCAUCCUGGUGAGAGUCUUCAUCGGCAUCUGCACCUUCAUAGGCGUCCUAUCCCUCCUCAUCUGGCUCAUCUACCGUCCCCGGACGAUCCAGAUGGCCGUGGACUCGGCAACACUCUGGAGCUUCAACCUGAACUCGACGACGAGCCCCCCGCUGCUGUCCUACAACCUCACAGCCGGUGUGUCCAUCUCGAACCCGAGCAAACGGGUAUCCGUCUACUACGACCGGCUGCAGGUGGAGGGAUUCUACCAGGAAGAGCGGUUCGGCCGUGCCGCCUUGCCGCUGUCGUUCCAGGGCGUCCGGCGGACCGACACGGUGCGAGGCAUGCUCCAGGGGAGCUCCGCCCGAUACUUCGAUAACGCGAUGGCAAGUGGAACGGGUGUCUUCCCCUUGGACCUGUGGGUCGUUGGCACCGUGCGGUACAAGUAUGGCGAGCUGACGACAACCUCGGCGAGCACGCUGUCGGUGAAGUGCCCGCUUGUGCUGCAGCUCAUGGAGGCCUCAACCAGGGUCGAGUGUAUUGUGAUCAGCUCUUGAAUCUACUAGAGCUUUGUAUCCUAGCCGAUGCAGGUGUUCUGUACUCAUCUGUAAAAGGAUGCAAGCGCCAGUGGCGAGCACGCUGUUGGUGAAAUGCCCGAUUGUGCUGCAGCUGAUGGAGGCCUACCAGAGUCGAGUGUAUUGUGAUCACCUCUUAAUUCUACUAGAGCUUUGUAUCCUGGCCGAUGCAGGUGUUCCGCGCUCAUCUGGAAAACGGCAAUAGAGGCAAGCACCCGUGGAGUCCUCGACAGGCCCGAGUUGCUCCAAGUUUUUCUUUUUCGGUUCAUAAUUAGUAGCAAAACCAAAAUAUAAGAGCGUUAAGAUCACUAAAAUAGUAAUCUAAACGCUCUUAUAUUUCUUUAUGGAGGGAGUACCAUCUAGAUGAGAAUUGACAGUGUCAUCUAACUCCUGCGCUAUGUGAUAGACCCUUUUUUUUUUCUUGAGUUAUGACUUCCUCUGAAUUGGUUAGUCAUUUCAAUAAAACAUGCAAUGGUUUUUGUAGACAGGAAUAGAGAGCCAACACAAUCUCCCAAGCUCUAUAGCAUGACGGGUGUAGAUCUUCGAAACUAUGCCCUAUGUUGCUAUGUCUCAAUGAUUUUUUAUUUUGAGUUCAAAGUAGCCACGUGGAAUCUAAUUUUGAAGCCCUUGUUGAUACAAAGCCAAUGAUGAAACCGAAUAGCAAAUCGGUUUAGGCUGCAAAGCCUUUUUUUCUUUUCUGGAAAACGCCUUCAAUUGGGAUAAUGUCACCAUCAUUUGU